GCAACACCAACACCGGCAUCAACGACGACACCUUGCACCGUCGAACCUACAAGAGUUUAGACUACCGUCCAGCUUGGCCUUUUCGCAGCCUCUUUUUGUGCAGAGCUUUCUCAAUGAUUUCCGGAUUAUGAUACCCCCCAGGACGGCCCGGCUCAGGGCCUGCGUCCUCAUGAGAGCGAACCCUCCCGUCAUCGUCACUCGGACUUUCUCACAACCACCAUCCGUCAAUCGCGCCGCCGGCCCAAGGUCUACGCUGUCCAGGCUAUGGGUACCCACGGGAGGCGUCUCUGCCGCCGAAGGCGAAUGUGAGAUGCAAGUCCCGGCUCGAGGGCUCCGGAGCUGACGGUCAAGCUAGCGGGCCAUGGAAAACUUGUCCGUGCCGGGUUUCUGCGCCAGUCUCAAUCAGGCAUCUUUCAGAUGUUGCCCCUUGGCCUACGAGUGCAGCAGAAGAUUGAGGGCUUGCUGGACAAGCACAUGCAGUCUAUAGGUGCUUCGCGGCUUUCACUGUCAACGGUUUGCUCCGAGGAACUAUGGAAAAGAAGUGGGCGCUUAGAGAGAGCCUCCUCUGAGCUGUUCCGCCUCAAGGACCGAAGGGAAACGCCUCUGCUACUCUCUCCUACCCACGAGGAAGAGAUCACCACUCUAGUUGCGAGCGCAAUCAAAUCCUACAAGGACUUUCCGCUACGUCUGUACCAGACAACCCGCAAGUACCGCGACGAGAUGCGGCCUCGUCACGGGUUACUGCGCUCUCGCGAGUUCAUUAUGAAGGACCUGUACACGUUCGACACGUCUGUCGAGUCUGCCAUUGAAACCUAUCGAGAGGUGUCAGAAGCGUACCGUGCCUUCUUCGCUGACUUGAAGCUUCCGAUUCUCGUCGCCGAGGCAAGUUCAGGAGAUAUGGGUGGCGACUACAGCCACGAGUACCACCUAGCCAACCCCAUUGGAGAGGACACAGUCGCCGUGUGUAACAGCUGUAGCUACGUCGCCAAUGAUGAGGUUGCCAAGGCGCUGCCGCCUUCGGCAGACAGCUCAAGAUCAUCACUCGCCGCUGCAGACUUGCGCGUAUGGCGUGGCAUCACCAGAGACCGGCGGACCUUGGUCAACGCGUGGUAUCCAGCGCAGGUGGGCGAUUCGGGCGAGGCUGAUGUCAACAUCCAUGCGGUCAAGGAGGCGGUUCCAGAGCUGGACGCGAGCAUCAGUGACCCUCUUCGAAUUUUCGGCAGCGGGUCUUAUGCCGAUGCACCCGCAGCCUCACCGUUGCGGGUGGUGAACGUGGUCGAUGCAAGACUCGAGCCCAGCUUUUCCAAUCUGCAACCAGAGCUUCCAAUCAUUCCAACCGAGUUGGACAACAAGCCAUGGGAGCAAUCGUCCAUCCUGCGGUCGCCAUCAGGAGAGGCUCUGAACCUUUUGCAUCUCGCAGACGGAGACGUGUGCUCCCGCUGCAAGACCGGAACGCUGCAGGUCCACCGCGCCCUGGAACUUGGCCACACCUUUCACCUGGGUACACGGUACUCGGUGCCUCUAGAGUUGCACGUGUCGCUCCCCAACACCAAGGGAGGGCCCGUGCCGGUGCAGAUGGGCUGCCACGGCAUUGGCGUUUCGCGCUUGUUUGGUGCCGUGGCGGAACACAAGGCCGACGAUCGCGGCCUCAACUGGCCGCGCGCCAUCGCGCCCUUUGAGGUCGUCCUGAUCCCAACGUCGGGCGUGACGGACGAGACGCUGGCGUUCUACGACUCACUGGCGCCUGGCUUCGACGUCGUCCUCGACGACCGCAAGGAGUCGUUUGGCUGGAAGAUGCAAGACGCCGACAUGAUCGGAUACCCUGUCACCGUGGUCCUGGGCAAGCCCUGGCGGGAACGGGGCGUCUGCGAGGUGCAGUGCCGGAGCCUGGGCGUCAAGGAGAACGUGGCUGCCGACGAGGUGCCGGCCUAUCUCGCGGGAUUGUUAGCCAAGCUGUAGUCGAAGGCGUCCUCGACAGGCGGCUGGUUAAUGUAUUGUAUUGUAAUAGCUGCUCGUAGAGACGGGACUCGCGGGGUCUUUACCUGUAUACUGGCAUGGAGGGAAAGCAUGGUGUAAACGAACUCAUUGUAAUACUACUACAAAUCGUUUCGUUUCUUCA